AAACUCGACUUAAACUGUUAUGUUGUUUGCGUUCUGGCCAUGCUCCGGCCAUGUUCCUCCAACAAUAUGGUUGUAUGCUGGCAUUAUACUAACUGUCCUAAGGACUAUGAAUUCCAACCACGAUGAUGUUCCAUCACUGUCCAACCCAACUCCUUAUACAAGUGCUGAAUUGCAGGCAUCACCAGUUGAUGGUAAAAACACCAAUCAAGGUCAUGUUACCAAAUUCUGUUUUUUUGUGUUGUUACAUAAAUAUAAUAAUUGGUCUAUUUGUGUUCUUGUAGCUCCAACCUCUCCAAGCAUAAAGAGGAAGACACCUGUGCCCCUUCCAGCAGAACUGACGUUCCUAGUAAAGGAGAAAACGGGUGUAAGGCAUAAGUCAACGCCAGAACUCUGCAAAAGUGCUGCUGUCACCUCUGCAAGCAAAGUGCUUGCCUUUGAGGACCGUAGUGAAAAUGUUCCUUCAGCUCAGCCACCUGUUCCUGUUCUCCUGCCUGUGCAUGACCAUGACAUGAGCAGCUGGAGCUGUUCUCAACACCAGAAGCUGUGGAUGAGGAUGGAGCUUCAGGAUCUCGGGCUGUGGCCUGGGUCUCGUCCAGUGCGUAACCCAGGGAACUCAAUUUCACUAUGGCAUCUUCCUCCACAACCUGAGCUUGUUGAUAUGGCGUCUGAACUCCCAUCCCCUAACUUCUUCCAGCUACACCCAUUUUUCAUCUGGAAGCCGGAGGCUCACAUUAUGGUCAGGUUGAGAAACACUUACAUCCUGCCAUGUCUGCAUGGAUGUCCUCAUCCACAGGUGGUCUCUGCAGGAGUGGGUAGGCCUCGGGUGAUUGUUGGCACCAGUGGUCAGUAUUACAUCUUGUCCUCACGACUCUGUUGCAAGGCCUGUCAGAAGUACUGGUUUGCUGACAAUCCACGAUGGCUUGAGAAGCUGCCCAAGCGGUUUACCAACAUUCUGCCUGCAUUCCUGACGUACAAGAAGGCCAUCUGCAAAUCUGUGAUGGAUGAGCUGAGGCGCACUGGCAAGUCACCAACCGAUAUGGCAAACCAGGUGAAUGAGCUACUGCACCUCAAGUACGAGCGAGCACAUCUGGCAUACCUGCAUGCCAUAGAAAGCAUCAGGGAUGCUGAGGCUGGCACAUAUGGACAGAGGACCAUUGGGCAGUUCUUGAGGAAGGAAAGCACUCCACGUGCAUUCGGGUCAUAUGAUGAUCAAGAUGGCUGGUAUGGAGUCUCCGUGUCCAGCUUCUACCUGACUGACUGCCUUCUAGAUGAGUACAAACGUCAAGAGCCAGCCAUGUCCAAACUCCUCCAGGGCACAUUUGGGAGGGUCUUCAGGUCUGACCACACCAGGAAAGUUGCAAGAAAAGUAACGCUGGCAUCUGGGGUCAUGUCAAGUUAUGCAAUAAUGAAUGAGAACUGGCUGAUUGUUUCCUGGGUGAUGGUUCAGUCUGAGACUCAGAGGUCCUUGGAGCCGAUGUACCAGGGAUUGGCCAAGAGGUACAACGAUGCUGGAGUGGAAAAGGCAGGCUUCCACUGGAUGGACAGGGAUUGCUGUGCUCCAUUUAAGAUCCCAGACUGCAUCCCUGCUGAACAUCUAAACUGGGAUGCCUGGAAGACUACCCCUUCCAUUGUUGCUGGGGCCACCUCUGGACCGCUGGAGAACACCUGUGCCUCACGGUCAUAUUUCAAUAAUAACAUUGUGGUGAAGCUGGACUUGUUCCACUGCCUGAGGCGUUUUUCACGGGAGAGCACCUCUGAGCAUCACCCUCUGUUUAGCACUUUCUGCCAGCUCCUCUCUGCAGCCUUCUCUGUGGUGGAUCAGGAGGACCUAGGGAGGCUCCAGGAUGCCUAUCGUUUCUGCGGUAUCCAUCCAGCCAAUCCCACCAAACAGCACAUACGGGAGCACUGCAGGACCAAAGUACCACAACCCACAGAGCUGCUAGACAGAGUGGAGAAAGUCCUAAAGCAUUUUCACCUGGCCAUGGACCCCAACAAUGUUCCACUCUUCAAAUCAUCCAUGCUGAAGACGUGGCGCAUACAGAGAGUGCACAUUCUCCGUGGUUGCCUCAGUGACCCUGAACUCUCAGAGGGCAUAAUGUACCGGUAUGGUGGAACACUUCAACUUAAUCAUGUACCCGGUGAAGGCGCCAAAGUCCCCAUCUGGAUUCCUGUCAGAGGUACAUCACAGCAAGAAGGGUACCACUUUCACCAGGCCCAAUGGAUCACAGGGACUCAUGUCUCCACUGAAUUGUUCCAGGCCCAGGGCAUGACAGGGGUGGCACGGUGGAACCACCAACGUAUGCUUGAUCUUAAGCAGCCAGGUGUCAUCCUUCCUGCUGUGUUUGAUCCAGCUCUAAUGGUUGAGUUAAAUUCUACCUCCAAGAAAGUGACUGGGGAGGAGAAGUAUCCUACACUUCAUCUCUCUGACAGAGACACUGGAGAGAGGUUUGGCCUAGAGUACACAGAGCCAGGCUGCCGUCCAGUCCCUCUGGAUUGGGACAAACACCGAACCCAAAAGAGAGGUGAACCAGCUGCUCUUUUGCCUCUUCCUCCUGUGCAGACACCCACUCCUACCCAAGUCCAAGCUCAACCUCCAGACACAGCACCUUCCUCCAGCCGGACACAGCUCUCUGACACAGCAUCCCCUGGACCAGCAUCAUCCAUCAGUCAUUUGCUCUCUGCUGGUGAACCUCCUGCAGUGAUGGAAAUCUCACAUGCUGAACCUGCUGCAAUCCAUAUGGUACAGAUGUUGUCACAAGGAAGCAUGGGACCUCCAGUUAAAAGGGAAACCUUAAAUACUCCACCCAUACCUUUGCAAUCCUCACCAAGGAGUGCCCGCACUGGACCAAUCAAGACUGGUGGACGAGUGUUCGUCUUGGACCAUAAACGCUGGACAUCACCAAUGAAGGAGGCUAUUGACAGCCUCCUAGACAAGUACCAUGGACAGAAAGACAUGUUAAAGCUUGUGGAUCAAGACUAUGCUGCUAUGGUCCAUCGGUCUGCCACAGAUCCAAACAGUCUGCUUCACCCCACAACCAAGUACCACAUAGCACAGUACAUGAAAAACCUGGCUAAACAGCUGAACACAAGUUCAUCAAUGAACACAAGUCAAGAAAAACUUUUGGAGACACAAAAACUGUGGCAAAGUUUAACUGAGGAAAGCGAGACUGUCCAUGUUCCAGUUGUAGAACUGCCACCAGCCAUUGUGAAUCCAGCAGUUCCGGUCUCUCAGCCAGCAUCUGAAAAGCAAGUAUCAAAAGAGAAUGUACAGAAAAUAGUACAGGAAAUACUGCUACAUCAACAGGAGCAGCAGCAGCAGCAGCAGCAACAAAAACCCAGACAGACGAAAAAAUGUCUCGCAUGUGGGCAGCCAAAAUCCCGCUACCAAAGUGAUGGAUCAUCAGUUCAUCACUUUUAUCAGCAAGGGCCUGUUAGGUAUCACUAUUGCUCCACAAAGGUGUUUAAAGCCUAUGCUGCAGAGGGACUGACAAAUCCAAGAAUGGCCUUUGAAGAGUUUGCCCAGACUGACUUCUUUCAGCGUGAACUGCAUCUUACAAAGCAAAGAGUAGAGGAAAAAGCUGAAAAGAAGAGGAAACUCUCGGAUCCUCAACCUCAGGGAAGAAUGUGCCGUUUCUGUCGCACAGAGCUAAGGCAGGGCCCAAACAGCAAGCACAUUCACACAGGGUUUCCAGGAGUGGCAGGAAAAUACAUUUACUGUCCAGCUAAAGUCCUCGCCUUAUACAAAGACAGAGGCAUGACACAGGAAAUGACAUGGAAGGAAUUUCAAGCUUCAUCAUUUUAUGGAAUGGAAAAGGAGAGGUGGGCAGCAGAGAGAAAUAAAUAGAAAUUCAUAUUUUAAUCAUCUGUUGUUUUUUUAUGUUGCUCCAUUGCUUUCAAUUACAUACACAUUUUUAAUCAGUCAUUGUUUUUAUGUUAUUCAUAUCCUUCCCUUAACAUUUAGAGCACAUGUGCUCUAAAUGGAGCAUAUUCUGGUAGAUUUCAGCUGUUUGUAAAUUGUGAUGUUUAAUCUAAUUUAUUUUAUUAUUUCCUUGUGUUCAUGUGUCUAAUUGAUCUUGUUCUUUUUUUUCUUGCAAAGGAUAUGUAUAUCGGAACUGAUAGUUAUUACCCAUUAUACAUUUAUUUUCAUACUUGUGUUAAGUCACUAUUGUUCUACUUCUACCCAGCCCCAUCCCAUUGCUUUGCUUUUCCUUAUACUUGUUUAUGUAUAUAUGUAUAGAUACUUUUUUCACAUGUUUGAGUUGAUUUAAUA